AUGAGGCGCUGUGGUCUCUGUUAUCGCCGGGUUGUACGGCGCUAUUCCCAUGGCACUAGUCAAACAGUACGAAAGCAGCAAGAAACAGCCAUCACGGCAACUCUAACUGAGACUGAGAGAGAAGCUGCCGCCCUCGCAUGUCGUCUCUUAGAUAGACACCGACAUAAACAACAACAAGAAAAAGAAAAAGAAAAAGAAGAACGCUUAACAGUAGACUCAGUGGGGUUGUUUAACCGAAAACCGGCUGUUGAUGCUCUCACCGGUUAUGGUAAGGCAUUUGUUAUGGCAAGCGUGGCACAUGCCACAGAUGCGUCUUCCACAAGUACGCAAGACUUAAUAGAUGCUACAGAUAAAAAAUGGGAUACGUUAACACUACAGGGAAAAGUCUCCGCUGCACUUGGGGCUGCUAGUAAUAAGGAGAUUGCCCGUACGGUGGUACGAAGUGCACGUUCCAUCUCAUCUGUGCGGUUACCCAAGAAAACUCCAUGUAAUACAACUUCAUUUGAUCUUCUACUGCAACGAUAUGGGAGUGUGAUACCAGACAAAAACAGCAGAAACAAUAAAACUUCUUGUACACCUCAUAUUCCACGUGGUUGGCAGGUAAAUGUUCAUUCUACUAUUAUGCAGGGAAGAAGUACACUGCGGAGUGUACUCGCACGCAAGGAACGGUAUGAACGUCGUGAGGAGUGGUCUCGUGUAUGGAAAUCUCAGUUACCAGAUGAGAUUGGUGAUUCUAUAGAAGUGGAAGGGGAAGGGAGUGUUGGAAGUAAACUCUUCAGUCAAACUAGCAACAACAACAACAAUAGCAGCAGCAGCGAUGAGAAUAAGGAGAAGAAAAAGAAUAACAAGAAUAGAAAUACCCCCAAUCUCUGUCUCUCACCAGUUUUUCGUCGACACUUUCUUGACUUUGGUAGUCAUUCACAGGGUCCAUCGGCAUUCCUCACAGAUCCAGCGAUGUAUUACAUGUUGAGCCAUCUGCGUUUAACGGGUGAGGAAUCACUUUUAGAAGUGCGCCGUAAAGCUGAGUCCCUUACCCACCGCUACAAUGAGUAUGCGAAGAUUUCAUGA